AUGUCAUUCAGAAACGCUUCCAUUCGUAUGGCUAGAAUUGCCGCCUCAAAUGCUUCUAAGCAAGUUGCUUCUAAGAGAACACUCUCUGCUCUUGCUGCUGCUGCUAGACCAAUGGCUUCCAAGCAAGCCAUGACUCCUCUCGCCACCAGAGGUGUCAAGACCAUCAACUUCGCCGGUACUGAAGAAGUUGUCCACGAAAGAGCUGACUGGCCAAGAGAAAAGCUCCUUGAAUACUUCAAGGAUGACACUUUAGCCUUAAUUGGUUACGGUUCCCAAGGUUACGGUCAAGGUUUAAACUUGAGAGACAAUGGUUUAAACGUUAUCAUUGGUGUUAGAAAGAACGGUGCUUCUUGGAAGGCUGCUAUUGAAGACGGUUGGGUUCCAGGUGAAAACUUGUUUGAAGUUAACGAAGCUAUCAACAAGGGUACUUACAUCAUGAACUUGUUAUCUGAUGCUGCUCAAUCUGAAACUUGGCCAGAAUUAAAGCCUUUGAUCACCGAAGGUAAGACUUUAUACUUCUCCCACGGUUUCUCUCCAGUCUUUAAGGAAUUAACUCACGUUGAAACCCCAGAAAACGUUGACGUUAUCUUGGCUGCUCCAAAGGGUUCCGGUAGAACCGUCAGAUCUUUAUUCAAGGAAGGUAGAGGUAUCAACUCUUCUUACGCCGUCUGGAACGAUGUUACCGGUAAGGCCGAAGAAAAGGCUAUUGCCUUAGCUGUUGCCAUUGGUUCUGGUUACGUUUACCAAACCACUUUCGAAAGAGAAGUCAACUCUGAUUUAUAUGGUGAAAGAGGUUGUCUUAUGGGAGGUAUCCACGGUAUGUUCUUAGCCCAAUACGAAGUCUUAAGAGAAAACGGCCACACUCCAUCAGAAGCUUUCAAUGAAACUGUUGAAGAAGCUACCCAAUCCUUAUACCCAUUAAUCGGUAAGUACGGUAUGGAUUACAUGUACGAUGCUUGUUCCACCACUGCCAGAAGAGGUGCUUUAGAUUGGUACCCAAGAUUUAAGGAUGCUUUGAAGCCAGUUUUCACUGACUUGUACGAAUCUGUUAAGAACGGUUCCGAAACUCAAAGAUCCCUUGACUUCAACUCUCAACCAGAUUACAGAGACAGAUUAGAAGAAGAAUUAGUCACCAUCAGAAACAUGGAAAUCUGGAAGGUUGGUAAGGAAGUUAGAAAGUUACGUCCAGAGAACCAAUAG